UCGGUACCUAGUACCGCAGGCAAAAUGGGGACAAAUAGGGGGUUAUGGAUAUGUAUAGGGGGCCUCCUGAUGAUUCUUGCCUGUUUUCAAGUAUCAGGACAAUCACAACAGCAUAUGCAACAUGAGCAAAAUACAGACUGGGAUUCCUUUGAACAAGAAUAUGAAGAUGUAGAUGUAGAAAACCUUCAGUAUGCUGAUGAGCAACAAUCAACGGAUGAUGAGGAAGAUGGAGAAACCAAUGAACCUUCAGGAGGACAUUCUGGGGUAAACUUUAUUUCCCCAUCACUUUCUCCUGUUUUUGUGGCCCAAAACCCUUCACAUAAUCCAAGGAUUUGCAGCACCUUUGGAUAUUAUCAUUUCAAAACCUUUGAUGGAGACAUCUUUCAUUUUAAUGGACACUGCAAUUAUGUUUUUGCUUCACACUGCAAGACCAACUAUGAAGACUUUAACAUCCAGAUUAGACGUGCUGUUACGAAAAAUGUCCCGGUAAUCCUGACCAUUAAAAUACGAAUUGAAGGAGUUGAUGUUGAAAUAACAAAAAAGCAUUUAAAAGUCAAUGGAGUGGAGCUAGAUACAAUGUCGCAUAGUUUUGGAGCAGUUCAGAUUUCAAAGACUGGCACAUAUGUAAGAACUACUGUCAAAGCUAGUUUUGAGUUGGUGUGGAAUGAAGAAGAUUCUCUUACGUUGGAACUGAGCCCAAAAUAUGCCAAUCAGACAUGUGGACUUUGUGGAGACUAUAAUGGAAUGCCAAUAUACAAUGAGUUUAUUGAAAAUGAUGUCGUAUUGAAUGAAUACCAAUAUGCUAGUUUGAAUAAGUACGAUGGACCAGAAGAAAGAUGUGAUGAUUCAAGAGAUGAAAAAUCAGAUGACAACUGUACCAUCAACACAAGUUUAUGCAAAACGGUUCUGACUGGCUCGGCUUUCCACCAAUGUAACAGACUAGUGGAUCCUACAAGAUACAUUGAGCUUUGUGAGAAAGAUGCUUGCAGAUGUAAAGGCAAUUCAACUGGAUUCUGCCUUUGCAAUAUUUUCACUGAGUAUUCCCGGCAAUGUGCUCAUGCUGGAGGAAAGCCAAAGAACUGGAGAACAGCUAAGCUAUGCCCCUUGAAAUGUGCUUUCAAUCUGGAGUUCCGUGAAUGUGGCAGUGCUUGCCAAGACACCUGUACUAAUCCAGAACGCUCAUUAGUAUGUGAUGAACACUGUACAGAUGGAUGCUUCUGUCCAGCAGGCAUGGUUUUUGAUGACAUCAACAAAUCUGGAUGUGUACCUAAAGAGAAGUGCCCUUGCACAUUCAAUGGAGAUGUCUAUCCCAUUGGAACAGGAUAUUCCGAAACCUGCAAAGAAUGCACAUGUGUUGGAGGGAAGUGGAGCUGUGACAAAAAGCCCUGCACAGGUAUCUGCUCUCUUGAAGGAGGUUCACACGUCACCACCUUUGACCUUUCCCGUUACAAAUUCCACGGAGACUGUAAUUAUGUGUUGUCAAAGACAUGUGAUAACCUCCUCUUCACUAUAUUGGCUGAAAUUCGCACAUGUGGAAACACUGACACUGAAACAUGCUUGAAGAGCAUCUCUCUCAGCCUCAAUGGAGGAAAAGAUUUCAUCUUGGUGAAACAUUGUGGCAGUGUUUACGUCAACUCACUGUACACACCGUUACCAAUGACAUCUUCCAGUUUCACCAUGUUCAAACCAACAUCCUUUUUUAUCAUCAUAGAAGCUAAAAUGGGCAUACAGAUGCAUAUCCAAUUGAAACCCACCAUGCAGGCCCACAUUGUAAGCGAUCAAAGGCAUAUGAAUGGAACCUGCGGUCUCUGUGGUAACUUCAACAACAUUCAAGCUGAUGACUUUAAAUCACCCAGUGGAUUGAUUGAAGGGACUGGGGCAUCAUUCGGCAACCAGUGGAAAACACAAGCAGAUUGUCCCAGUGUCAAAAACAGCAAGGAGAAUCCUUGUUCUCUCAGCUCUGAAUCAGAAACUUAUGCCAACCACUGGUGCUCGUUCCUAACAGACAGCAAUGGACCAUUCUCUCAAUGUCACAAAACCAUUGAUCCAGAAGACUAUUAUAAGAGAUGCUUGUACGAUACCUGUAACAGUGAAAAAAGUGAAGACGCCAUGUGUGCAGUUAUGUCGUCAUAUUUCUAUGCCUGCUCUAGAAAAGAAGUCGAUUUGAGGGGGUGGAGAACACAUGUCUGCAGCUCAUACACCCUGGACUGCCCAAAGACUCAAACAUACUCUCCGCUUGUCAGUACAUGUGAGCCCACCUGUCGCUCUCUCAGUGAGCCUGAUGCCUUGUGUGCCAUAAACAUGCCCAUUAUUGAUGGAUGCCGUUGUGAGGAUGGAACCUAUAAGGAUGAUAGUGACAAAUGUGUGCUUCCAGCUUUUUGUUCCUGUUAUUACAAGGGGACACCCGUGUCACCAGGAGAGGUUUUCCAUGAAAAUGGGGUAAAAUGCACCUGUAAGAAUGGAAAACUGGAAUGUAUUGGACAAGAUACUAAAGAAAUAGUGUGUAAGAGCCCAAUGGUCUAUUUUGACUGUGACAAAGCCCCAGCAGACACCAAGGGAUCUGAAUGUCAAAAAAGUUGUUCGAAAUUUGACACAGAAUGUUACAGCACACAGUGUAUUUCUGGCUGCAUGUGCCCUGAGGGAUUAGUGACUGAUGAUGAUGGGGACUGCGUGCGUGAAGAAGAUUGUCCUUGCAUGUUAGAUGAUGAUUUCUAUGAACCAGGGGAAGAAGUUCAAGUAAAAUGCAACACCUGCACUUGCAAAAAUAGAAAGUGGGACUGCACAACCAACACAUGUCUGGCGACAUGUGCUAUAUAUGGAGAUGGGAACUACAUUACUUUUGAUAACAAGAGAUACAAUUUCAAUGGACAAUGCCAGUACUCCUUGGCUCAGGAUCAUUGUUCUGAGGAGCCCGGUACAUUCUACAUCAUCUCAGAGAAUAUUCCAUGUGGCACGACAGGAACCACCUGCUCCAAAUCUAUCAAGCUCUUCCUAGGGAACUAUGAGUUGAUUCUUGGUGACCAGAAAUUUGAUGUAGUGAAGAAAAAUUAUGGGCAAUAUGUGCCUUUCAAAGUUCGACAGAUGGGCAUAUACAUGAUAGUUGAGGCUUUAAAUGGCUUGAUUUUGGUGUGGGACAAGAAAACAACUAUCUUUGUGAAACUCCACCCCAAUUUUCAGGGCAAGGUUUGUGGUCUUUGUGGUAAUUACGAUGGGAAUGCUGUUAAUGACUUUAUCACCAGAAGUCGCUCUGAGGUUGGAGACGUUUUUGAAUUUGGAAAUAGCUGGAAAUUGUCGCAAAGCUGCCCGAAUGCUAUUGAAGCAAAAGAUCCUUGUUUGUCCAACCCAUAUAGGAAAGCAUGGUCACAGAAGAAGUGUAGUAUCAUCACAGGUCCUGUCUUCCAUGCCUGUCAUGCCAAGAUUGACCCAAUGGAAUAUUAUGAGUCUUGUGUUCAUGAUGCCUGUGCUUGUGACACUGGUGGAGACUGUGAAUGUCUCUGUACAGCUGUAGCCUCAUAUGCCCAAGCUUGCAGUGAAGCUGGAAUAUGUGUGAACUGGAGAACUCCAUCCAUAUGUCCUAUAUAUUGUGAUUUCUACAAUCUGAAAGGACAUUGUGAGUGGCAUUACCAAGCUUGUGGAGCUCCAUGCAUGAAGACAUGCAUGAAUCCUACUGGAGUUUGCUUUAACAAUCUGACUGGUUUAGAAGGUUGUUACCCAAAAUGUCCACCAGACAGUCCUUAUUUUGACGAGGAGAGCAUGCGUUGCAUUUCAUCGUGUCACUGUUAUGAUGAAUAUGGAGAUGAAUAUAAACCGGGACAGAAAAUGCCAAGUGUGGAAAGAUGCUCAAUCUGCCAGUGCACAAACAAUGGCAAAGAAUGUGAUAAAGCAAGUGCCUGCUGCUACUAUGAAAAUAAGGAAUUUUUGCCAGGUGAUAUAGUUUACUACACUGGAGAUGGCAUUGGAGGUUGUAUGCAUGCAGUCUGCACAGAUAAUUCAACUUUAGAAAGAAGCAUUGGACCAUGUCCGACCACAGUGAGCCCCUCCACUGUAUUCGACUUUGAUACUUCUUCAACACCAUCUGGUUCAUCUACAGAACCUCCACAGUCUACAUCACCUGGUUUUUCAACUAGAUACCCCAGUUCUCAAGCACCAACUGACUCAUCAGUGAGUCCUACAGACAAUACUUCACCUGGAUAUUCCAGUAUUGAAACAAAUACUCCAACAUCUUCAAAACCUAGCAGUUCAUCCUCUUCCAGCCUUGAAUCUACAAUAACUCCAUCAGCAAUCCCCACUGUCUGUGCCGAAGCUUAUGAUUGCAGUUGGUCUGAAUGGUAUGAUGUGAGCAAUCCUGAUGAUGGAAGUGGAGAUUUUGAAACAUUUGACAACAUAAGAGCCAAGGGCCAUGACGUUUGUAAAAAUCCCAGAAACGUGAAAUGCAGAGCAACACAAUAUCCUGAUCAGGAUAUAGAAGAUUUAGAAGAAGACAUCACAUGCAGCAAGAAAGAUGGUCUUAUAUGUCUAAAUAGCAAGAACUCACCUAUAUGCCAUAAUUUUGAAAUUAAGAUUGAAUGUUGUAAAUAUAGACAGUGUACUUCCACGGUGGAGCCGACAAGCUCUACAACACCUUCUCCUGGCAUUGAAGUAACCACACCUUCACAUCUUACCACUAAAUAUUUUUCUCCAUCCACAUCUGUAACCUCAUCUACUGAAGUGGGAACCAGGGAACCACAAACAUCAACUUCUGAAACACCUGUCACUACAAAAGCAGUGCCAAGUAGUCUAUCAACUGAGUCAACAUCUGGAGUCACAAGUGCAAUUUCACCAACUUGCGUUUUAAAGAUGAAAUGCCGAUGGACUCCUUGGUAUGAUGAUAAUAAACCAAAUGCAAAAAGUGAUGGUGGAGAAGUUGAAAGUAUUACUGAUUUAAAAGACAGAGGAUAUCAGAUUUGUAGACAGCGAGAACUUGAAAACAAAGUAGAAUGUGAAGCAAUAGAUAACACGGGCUUACCAGUUGCUAACAACGACCAAGUAUUUAACUGUGAUCUUGAAAAUGGAUUGGUUUGCAGGAAUAGAGAUCAAAAUAAAAAAGAAAAAUGUAACAAUUACAGAAUAAGAAUUGAAUGCUGUGAAGAGUAUUGUGAAGGAAUAGAAACAACUGUUACAUCUAUUCCUUCCUCUACUAAAUCAACACCUGCAGUUGGUGAAACUUCAUCACAAGGGACAACAAAAUCCCCAUCUCCGAGUUCAAUAGCCCCAAGCCCGUCAUCUGAAAUAUAUACCUCCCCUUCUGUUGUGACUGAAAGUACAUCUUCUCCAUCAACUGCAUCAUCGGAAACAACUUGUGUACGUAAGAUGGAAUGUCGCUGGACUCCUUGGUAUGAUCUCAACACACCAAAUAAGAAAAGUGAUGGUGGGGAUAGUGAAAGUAUUGAGCAGAUAAAAGAAAAAGGUCUUGUAGUUUGCAAAAGUGAAGAACAUGAAAACAAAAUACAAUGUGAAGCCAUAGAUAAUAAUGGUAUAACAAUUGCUGAUAAUCAACAAAUAAUGACUUGCGUCCUUAAAGGUGGAUUGAAUUGCAGAAACAGAGACCAAAAGAAGAAAGAGAAAUGUUACAAUUACAGAAUAAGAGUUGAAUGUUGUUCUGAGUAUUGUGAAAAAGUGGAGGCACCUACUACAUCUUCACCCUUGACUUCUGGAUCAAAAACUACUGUAGGAACUAUAGGAACUUCUGUGGGUCCCAGCACAACUCCUGGAGGUGACGUUUCAUCAUCAGAAAAACCUGGAACCUCAACUUCAUCAUCUACACCUACAGAAAAGCCAUCAACAGGUGCUGUAACUGAAUCCAAACAUACAUCCACGGAAAAUUGUGAGAAGUUUAGAGCAUCAGAAUGUCGUUGGACCGAUUGGUUUAAUGAACAACAACCUUCUUCAGGAGAGAGUGGGAAAGAUAAUGAGAAUUCAGAUAAGCUAAGGUCAAAAGGAUUAGAGGUAUGUAAGCAAGAGGAAAUUGAAAACCAAAUUGAGUGCAGAGCUGAGCAAUAUCCAGAUGUUGCUUACAAAGACAUUAAACAAGUGUUCACAUGUAAUUUGAAAGAAGGAUUAAUCUGUCAGAAUAAGGACCAAGCUGGUGAUGACAAAACGUGCCAUGAUUAUGAAAUACGGUUUGAAUGCUGUUCUAAAAAAUUUGUUGAAUCUUGUGGAAGCAUAAUUUCAUCUUCAACUCCACCCUCAUCUACCGAAGUGACUACGAUUUCUACAACAACUGCAGUAUCUCAAACGUCUUCAUCUGGCGAUGAAACUACUCCACCAUACUCUUCAACUCCUGGAACUUCAACUUCCAAAACUCCUGGAAUUUCACUUGGUACAACAUCAGGAACAUCUUCAACUUCUGGUCCUGAAACAUCUCCUUCGGGUAGUCAGACUACUCCCUCUGUCAGCAAACCUUCUUCAACUGGCUCUGUAACUGAAACACCAGGCAAAUCCCCAGGAACAUCCCCUUCUCCUGGCCAUGGAACAUCUACUUCUGUAGGUCCCACCACAACUCCUGUAGGUAAAACUUCACCAUCAGAAAAACCUGGAAUCUCAACUUCAUCAUCUACACCUACAGAAAAGCCAUCAACAGGUGCUGUAACUGAAUCCAAACAUACACCCACGGAAAAUUGUGAGAAGUUUAGAGCAUCAGAAUGUCGUUGGACCGAUUGGUUUAAUGAACAACAACCUUCUUCAGGAGAGAGUGGCGAAGAUAAUGAGAAUUCAGAUAAGGUGAGGUCAAAAGGAUUAGAGGUAUGUAAGCAAGAGGAAAUUGAAAACCAAAUUGAGUGCAGAGCUGAGCAAUAUCCUGAUGUUGCUUACAAAGACAUUAAACAAGUGUUCAAAUGUAAUUUGAAAGAAGGAUUAAUCUGUCAGAACAAGGACCAAGCUGGUGAUGACAAAACGUGCCAUGAUUACGAGAUAAGGUUUGAAUGCUGUUCUAAAAAAUUUGUUGAAUCUUGUGGAAGCAUAAUUUCAUCUUCAACUCCACCCUCAUCUACCGAAUUGACUACGAUUACUACAACAACUGCAGUAUCUCAAACAUCUUCAUCUAGUGAUGAAACUACUCCACCAUACUCUUCAACUCCUGGAACUUCAACUUCCAAAACUCCUGGAAUUUCAACUGGUGCAACUUCAGAAACAUCUUCAACUUCUGGUCCUGAAACAUCUCCUUCAGGUAGUCAGACUACUCCCUCUGUCAGCAAACCUUCUUCAACUGGCUCUGUAACUGAAACACCAGGCAAAUCCCCAGGAACAUCCCCUUCUCCUGGCCAUGGAACAUCUACUUCUGUAGGUCCCACCACAACUCCUGUAGGUAAAACUUCACCAUCAGAAAAACCUGGAACCUCAACUUCAUCAUCUACACCUACAGAAAAGCCAUCAACAGGUGCUGUAACUGAAUCCAAUCAUACACCCACGGAAAAUUGUGAGAAGUUUAGAGCAUCAGAAUGUCGCUGGACCAAUUGGUUUAAUGAACAACAACCUUCUUCAGGAGAGAGUGGUGAAGAUAAUGAGAAUUCAGAUAAGCUGAGGUCAAAAGGAUUAGAGGUAUGUAAGCAAGAUGAAAUUGAAAACCAAAUUGAGUGCAGAGCUGAGCAAUAUCCUGAUGUUGCUUACAAAGACAUUAAACAAGUGUUCACAUGUAAUUUGAAAGAAGGCUUAAUCUGUCAGAAUAAGGAACAAGCUGGUGAUGACAAAAUGUGCCAUGAUUAUGAGAUAAGGUUUGAAUGCUGUUCUAAAAAAUUUGUUGAAUCUUGUGGCAGCAUAAUUUCAUCUUCAACUCCACCCUCAUCUACCGAAGUGACAACGAUUUCUACAACAACUGCAGUAUCUCAAACGUCUUCAUCUGGCGAUGAAACCACGCCACCAAACACUUCAACUCCUGGAACUUCAACUUCCAAAACUCCUGGAAUUUCAACUGGUACAACUUCAGGUACUUCUGGCUCUGAAACAUCUCCUUCAGGUAGUUACCCUUCUCCCUCGGUCAAUGAACCUCCUUCCACUGGGUAUGGGACUGAAACACCAGGCACUUCAACUUCCAAACCUACUGGUGAAUCUUUAACUUCCAAACCUCCUGGUGAAUCUUCACCUUCUGGUUCUGAAACACCUAGUUCUGAGAGUCCUAUUACGUCUGCAACUUCUUCACCAUCAUCAACUUCAUCUAGUAGACCAUCAACAGAAUCUGGUGUCACAUCACCAAAUAUAUACUCUACGGUAACUUGUAUACAUAAGAUGGAAUGUCGCUGGACCCCCUGGUAUGACAACAAUGCACCCUCAACAAAAAGUGAUGGGGGAGACAAUGAGAGUAUUGAAGACAUACAAUCUAAGGGAGCUGAUAUAUGUUCUAAAGAAGAAAAAGAAAACAAAAUAGAGUGUGAAGCUUUAGAUAAAGAUGGUUCAAUCAUUUAUGAUAAUAAACAAGUAAUGACCUGUGAUUUAGAAAGUGGACUUACUUGCAAGAACAGAGAUCAGAAGAAAAAAGAAAAAUGCUACAACUACAAAAUAAGGUUUGAAUGCUGUGCAGAGUAUUGUGAGCAAGUGCAAACACCUAGCACAUCCCCCUCUAUAACAACUAAAUCAACAACUUCAGUAGGUGAAACUUCACCAUCAGAAAAGCCUGGAACCUCAAUUUCAUCAUCUACACCUACAGAAAAGCCAUCAACAGGUGCUGUAACUGAAUCAAAACAUACACCCACGGAAAAUUGUGAGAAGUUUAGAGCAUCAGAAUGUCGUUGGACCGAUUGGUUUAAUGAACAACAACCUUCUUCAGGAGAGAGUGGUGAAGACAAUGAGAAUUCAGAUAAGCUAAGGUCAAAAGGAUUAGAGGUAUGUAAGCAAGAGGAAAUUGAAAACCAAAUUCAGUGCAGAGCUGAGCAAUAUCCUGAUGUUGCUUACAAAGACAUUAAACAAGUGUUCAAAUGUAAUUUGAAAGAAGGAUUAAUCUGUCAGAACAAGGACCAAGCAGGUGAUGACAAAACGUGCCAUGAUUACGAGAUAAGGUUUGAAUGCUGUUCUAAAAAAUUUGUUGAAUCUUGUGGAAGCAUAAUUUCAUCUUCAACUCCACCCUCAUCUACCGAAUUGACUACGAUUACUACAACAACUGCAGUAUCUCAAACGUCUUCAUCUGGCGAUGAAACUACUCCACCAUACUCUUCAACUCCUGGAACUUCAACUUCCAAAACUCCUGGAAUUUCAACUGGUACAAAUUCAGAAACAUCUUCAACUUCUGGUCCUGAAACAUCUCCUUCGGGUAGUCAGACUACUCCCUCUGUCAGCAAACCUUCUUCAACUGGCUCUGUAACUGAAACACCAGGAAAAUCCCCAGGAACAUCCCCUUCUCCUGGCCAUGGAACAUCUACUUCUGUAGGUCCCACCACAACUCCUGUAGGUAAAACUUCACCAUCAGAAAAACCUGGAACCUCAACUUCAUCAUCUACACCUACAGAAAAGCCAUCAACAGGUGCUGUAACUGAAUCCAAACAUACACCCACGGAAAAUUGUGAGAAGUUUAGAGCAUCAGAAUGUCGCUGGACCGAUUGGUUUAAUGAACAACAACCUUCUUCAGAAGAGAGUGGCGAAGAUAAUGAGAAUUCAGAUAAGCUAAGGUCAAAAGGAUUAGAGGUAUGUAAGCAAGAGGAAAUUGAAAACCAAAUUCAGUGCAGAGCUGAGCAAUAUCCUGAUGUUGCUUACAACGACAUUAAACAAGUGUUCAAAUGUAAUUUGAAAGAAGGAUUAAUCUGUCAGAAUAAGGACCAAGCUGAUGAUGACAAAACGUGCCAUGAUUACGAGAUAAGGUUUGAAUGCUGUUCUAAAAAAUUUGUUGAAUCUUGUGGCAGCAUAAUUUCAUCUUCAACUCCACCCUCAUCUACCGAAGUGACUACGAUUCCUACAACAACUGCAGUAUCUCAAACGUCUUCAUCUGGCGAUGAAACUACUCCACCAUACUCUUCAACUCCUGGAACUUCAACUUCCAAAACUCCUGGAAUUUCAACUGGUACAACUUCAGAAACAUCUUCAACUUCUGGUCCUGAAACAUCUCCUUCGGGUAGUCAGACUACUCCCUCUGUCAGCAAACCUUCUUCAACUGGCUCUGUAACUGAAACACCAGGCAAACCCCCAGGAACAUCCCCUUCUCCUGGCCAUGGGACAUCUACUUCUGUAGGUCCCACCACAACUCAUGUAGGUAAAACUUCACCAUCAGAAAAACCUGGAACCUCAACUUCAUCAUCUACACCUACAGAAAAGCCAUCAACAGGUGCUGUAACUGAAUCCAAACAUACACCCACGGAAAAUUGUGAGAAGUUUAGAGCAUCAGAAUGUCGUUGGACCGAUUGGUUUAAUGAACAACAACCUUCUUCAGGAGAGAGUGGCGAAGAUAAUGAGAAUUCAGAUAAGGUGAGGUCAAAAGGAUUAGAGGUAUGUAAGCAAGAGGAAAUUGAAAACCAAAUUGAGUGCAGAGCUGAGCAAUAUCCUGAUGUUGCUUACAAAGACAUUAAACAAGUGUUCAAAUGUAAUUUGAAAGAAGGAUUAAUCUGUCAGAAUAAGGACCAAGCUGAUGAUGACAAAACGUGCCAUGAUUACGAGAUAAGGUUUGAAUGCUGUUCUAAAAAAUUUGUUGAAUCUUGUGGCAGCAUAAUUUCAUCUUCAACUCCACCCUCAUCUACCGAAGUGACUACGAUUCCUACAACAACUGCAGUAUCUCAAACGUCUUCAUCUGGCGAUGAAACUACUCCACCAUACUCUUCAACUCCUGGAACUUCAACUUCCAAAACUCCUGGAAUUUCAACUGGUACAACUUCAGAAACAUCUUCAACUUCUGGUCCUGAAACAUCUCCUUCGGGUAGUCAGACUACUCCCUCUGUCAGCAAACCUUCUUCAACUGGCUCUGUAACUGAAACACCAGGCAAACCCCCAGGAACAUCCCCUUCUCCUGGCCAUGGGACAUCUACUUCUGUAGGUCCCACCACAACUCAUGUAGGUAAAACUUCACCAUCAGAAAAACCUGGAACCUCAACUUCAUCAUCUACACCUACAGAAAAGCCAUCAACAGGUGCUGUAACUGAAUCCAAACAUACACCCACGGAAAAUUGUGAGAAGUUUAGAGCAUCAGAAUGUCGUUGGACCGAUUGGUUUAAUGAACAACAACCUUCUUCAGGAGAGAGUGGCGAAGAUAAUGAGAAUUCAGAUAAGGUGAGGUCAAAAGGAUUAGAGGUAUGUAAGCAAGAGGAAAUUGAAAACCAAAUUGAGUGCAGAGCUGAGCAAUAUCCUGAUGUUGCUUACAAAGACAUUAAACAAGUGUUCAAAUGUAAUUUGAAAGAAGGAUUAAUCUGUCAGAACAAGGACCAAGCUGGUGAUGACAAAACGUGCCAUGAUUACGAGAUAAGGUUUGAAUGCUGUUCUAAAAAAUUUGUUGAAUCUUGUGGAAGCAUAAUUUCAUCUUCAACUCCACCCUCAUCUACCGAAGUGACUACGAUUACUACAACAACUGCAGUAUCUCAAACAUCUUCAUCUAGUGAUGAAACUACUCCACCAUACUCUUCAACUCCUGGAACUUCAACUUCCAAAACUCCUGGAAUUUCAACUGGUGCUACUUCAGAAACAUCUUCAACUUCUGGUCCUGAAACAUCUCCUUCAGGUAGUCAGACUACUCCCUCUGUCAGCAAACCUUCUUCAACUGGCUCUGUAACUGAAACACCAGGCAAAUCCCCAGGAACAUCCCCUUCUCCUGGCCAUGGAACAUCUACUUCUGUAGGUCCCACCACAACUCCUGUAGGUAAAACUUCACCAUCAGAAAAACCUGGAACCUCAACUUCAUCAUCUACACCUACAGAAAAGCCAUCAACAGGUGCUGUAACUGAAUCCAAUCAUACACCCACGGAAAAUUGUGAGAAGUUUAGAGCAUCAGAAUGUCGCUGGACCAAUUGGUUUAAUGAACAACAACCUUCUUCAGGACAGAGUGGUGAAGAUAAUGAGAAUUCAGAUAAGCUGAGGUCAAAAGGAUUAGAGGUAUGUAAGCAAGAUGAAAUUGAAAACCAAAUUGAGUGCAGAGCUGAGCAAUAUCCUGAUGUUGCUUACAAAGACAUUAAACAAGUGUCCACAUGUAAUUUGAAAGAAGGAUUAAUCUGUCAGAACAAGGACCAAGCUGGUGAUGACAAAACGUGCCAUGAUUACGAGAUAAGGUUUGAAUGCUGUUCUAAAAAAUUUGUUGAAUCUUGUGGCAGCAUCAUUUCAUCUUCAACUCCACCGUCAUCUAACGAAGUGACUACGAUUUCUACAACAACUGCAGUAUCUCAAACGUCUUCAUCUGGCGAUGAAACUACUCCACCAAACACUUCAACUCCUGGAACUUCAACUUCCAAAACUCCUGGAAUUUCAACUGGUACAACUUCAGGUACUUCUGGCUCUGAAACAUCUCCUUCAGGUAGUUACACUUCUCCCUCUGUCAAUGAACCUUCUUCCACUGGGUAUGGGACUGAAACACCAGGCACUUCAACUUCCAAACCUACCGGUGAAUCUUUAACUUCCAAACCUCCUGGUGAAUCUUCACCUUCUGGUUCUGAAACACCUAGUUCUGAGAGUCCUAUUACGUCUGCAACUUCUUCACCAUCAUCAACUUCAUCUAGUAGACCAUCAACAGAAUCUGGUGUCACAUCACCAAAUAUAUACUCUACGGUAACUUGUAUACAUAAGAUGGAAUGUCGCUGGACCCCCUGGUAUGACAACAAUGCACCCUCCACAAAAAGUGAUGGGGGAGACAAUGAGAGUAUUGAAGACAUACAAUCUAAGGGAGCUGAUAUAUGUUCUAAAGAAGAAAAAGAAAACAAAAUAGAGUGUGAAGCUUUAGAUAAAGAUGGUUCAAUCAUUUAUGAUAAUAAACAAGUAAUGACCUGUGAUUUGGAAAGUGGACUUACUUGCAAGAACAGAGAUCAGAAGAAAAAAGAAAAAUGCUACAACUACAAAAUAAGGUUUGAAUGCUGUGCAGAGUAUUGUGAGCAAGUGCAAACACCUAGCACAUCCCCGUCUAUAACAACUAAAUCAACAACUUCAGUAGGUGAAACUUCACCAUCAGAAAAGCCUGGAACCUCAAUUUCAUCAUCUACACCUACAGAAAAGCCAUCAACAGGUGCUGUAACUGAAUCCAAACAUACACCCACGGAAAAUUGUGAGAAGUUUAGAGCAUCAGAAUGUCGUUGGACCAAUUGGUUUAAUGAACAACAACCUUCUUCAGGAGAGAGUGGUGAAGACAAUGAGAAUUCAGAUAAGCUAAGGUCAAAAGGAUUAGAGGUAUGUAAGCAAGAGGAAAUUGAAAACCAAAUUGAGUGCAGAGCUGAGCAAUAUCCUGAUGUUGCUUACAAAGACAUUAAACAAGUGUUCACAUGUAACUUGAAAGAAGGAUUAAUCUGUCAGAAUAAGGACCAAGCUGGGGAUGACAAAACGUGCCAUGAUUAUGAGAUAAGGUUUGAAUGCUGUUCUAAAAAAUUUGUUGAAUCUUGUGGCAGCAUAAUUUCAUCUUCAACUCCACCCUCAUCUACCGAAGUGACUACGAUUCCUACAACAACUGCAGUAUCUCAAACGUCUUCAUCUGGCGAUGAAACUACUCCACCAUACUCUUCAACUCCUGGAACUUCAACUUCCAAAACUCCUGGAAUUUCAACUGGUACAACUUCGGAAACAUCUUCAACUUCUGGUCCUGAAACAUCUCCUUCGGGUAGUCAGACUACUCCCUCUGUCAGCAAACCUUCUUCAACUGGCUCUGUAACUGAAACACCAGGCAAAUCCCCAGGAACAUCCCCUUCUCCUGGCCAUGGAACAUCUACUUCUGUAGGUCCCACCACAAUUCCUGUAGGUAAAACUUCACCAUCAGAAAAACCUGGAACCUCAACUUCAUCAUCUACACCUACAGAAAAGCCAUCAACAGGUGCUGUAACUGAAUCCAAACAUACACCCACGGAAAAUUGUGAGAAGUUUAGAGCAUCAGAAUGUCGUUGGACCGAUUGGUUUAAUGAACAACAACCUUCUUCAGGAGAGAGUGGCGAAGAUAAUGAGAAUUCAGAUAAGCUGAGGUCAAAAGGAUUAGAGAUAUGUAAGCAAGAGGAAAUUGAAAACCAAAUUGAGUGCAGAGCUGAGCAAUAUCCUGAUGUUGCUUACAAAGACAUUAAACAAGUGUUCAAAUGUAAUUUGAAAGAAGGAUUAAUCUGUCAGAACAAGGACCAAGCUGGUAAUGACAAAACGUGCCAUGAUUACGAGAUAAGGUUUGAAUGCUGUUCUAAAAAAUUUGUUGAAUCUUGUGGAAGCAUAAUUUCAUCUUCAACUCCACCCUCAUCUACCGAAGUGACUACGAUUCCUACAACAACUGCAGUAUCUCAAACGUCUUCAUCUGGCGAUGAAACUACUCCACCAUACUCUUCAACUCCUGGAACUUCAACUUCCAAAACUCCUGGAAUUUCAACUGGUACAACUUCAGAAACAUCUUCAACUUCUGGUCCUGAAACAUCUCCUUCGGGUAGUCAGACUACUCCCUCUGUCAGCAAACCUUCUUCAACUGGCUCUGUAACUGAAACACCAGGCAAAUCCCCAGGAACAUCCCCUUCUCCUGGCCAUGGAACAUCUACUUCUGUAGGUCCCACCACAACUCCUGUAGGUAAAACUUCACCAUCAGAAAAACCUGGAACCUUAACUUCAUCAUCUACACCUACAGAAAAGCCAUCAACAGGUGCUGUAACUGAAUCCAAACAAACACCCACGGAAAAUUGUGAGAAGUUUAGAGCAUCAGAAUGUCGCUGGACCGAUUGGUUUAAUGAACAACAACCUUCUUCAGGAGACAGUGGUGAAGAUAAUGAGAAUUCAGAUAAGCUGAGGUCAAAAGGAUUAGAGGUAUGUAAGCAAGAGGAGAUUGAAAACCAAAUUGAGUGCAGAGCUGAGCAAUAUCCAGAUGUUGCUUACAAAGACAUUAAACAAGUGUUCACAUGUAAUUUGAAAGAAGGAUUAAUCUGUCAAAAUAAGGACCAAGCUGAUGAUGACAAAAUGUGCCAUGAUUAUGAGAUAAGGUUUGAAUGCUGUUCUAAAAAAUUUGUUGAAUCUUGUGGCAGCAUAAUUUCAUCUUCAACUCCACCCUCAUCUACCGAAGUGACUACGAUUCCUACAACAACUUCAGUAUCUCAAACGUCUUCAUCUGACGGUGAAACUACUCUACCAUACUCUUCAACUCCUGGAACUUCAACGUCCAGAACUCCAGGUGCAUCUUCUGAAACGUCCUCAACUUCUGGUCCUGAAACUUCUUCUACUGGUAGUCCCACUUCUUCGCCUACAUCAUCCCAAACCACCACUUCUAUUUCCAGUUCUUCAACAAGCACAAUAACAGUGACUUCUACUUCAGGGACAACUUCAUAUCCAACUUCAUCUUCACCUGAUACUUCAUCCUCUACGUCUUCCUCUGGUACUACUGCAAUAUUAUAUACAACAAGCUCACCCUCUCCAAAGAACACAUCUCCAAGUGCAUCUUCUGGGCAUCCCUCAACUGACACCAGCACACCGCCUUGCUCAUGCAUUGUUCAAGAAAAGUUCUUCUCUCCAGGUGAUAUAAUCUAUGCCCAAGCAGAUAAGGAUGGCUGUGAAUAUCGUGCAAUAUGCAGCAAGACAUGCACAGUAGAAUACCAAAAAGGGCCAUGUUCCACAACAGGAGACACACCUGUCACCAUUACAUCAGGAGAGGCUACACAUGUAAUGAGCGUUACUUCCAAAUAUUCAACAUUGAUCCGUCCAACCAAACGACCUCGACCUUCUGGUUCACCAGGCACAUCAAGUACAGAAUAUUCAACAGAAAAUUCAACAGAAGUUAGCACAGAGAGUCCCGUUAUCUCAUAUCCCACUGGCUCACCCCCUGUAUCGGAAAAAUUGUGUGGACCCUGUGAAUGCAUAAUGCCAAAAUGUGAAACUGGAUAUCGUGUGGUGUCUAUCACACCACCUGGUGCCUGCUGUGCAAACAUCACAUGUGAACCUGAUUCCGUAUGUGUGGCAGGAAAUACGAUAUACCAGCGUGGAUCCACAAUCCCACAAGAAAAGGAUGUAUGCCAAAAGUGUGAAUGUUCUGAAGAAGACAAAGAUGAGAAAUCAGGGCUCUAUGCUGUAAAAUGUGAACCAAUUGUGUGUAAGGAAACCUGUGAUGAGGGCUUUGCUUACAUUGUGAAGGAAGGAAAAUGCUGUGGUGACUGUGUGCCAAAACAAUGCACAGUCAAGGGAGAGAAUGAUGAACAAGUUGUAUUUAAGGUUGGGGAAACGCAUCGCCCUGAAGGCAGCACAUGCAAUUACUAUGAAUGCGAUGAAGAAGAUGGUAAACCAAUCCUGACCAAAGUGAAAAAGAUUUGCCAGGAAUUAGAUGACUCUAAAUGUGAAAAGGAUACAAUCAAAUAUGAUGAAGAUGGUUGCUGUCAGACAUGUACUCUGAAGACAGAAGUCAUAGUGGAAGAAAAACCUGUGGCAGGUGGAGACUGUAGUUCUCGCAAGAACUUGACUGUUCUAAAGGAAGAUGACUGUGAAAUUGAGCUGGAACUCACAUACUGUGGAGGACCUUGCAUGGGGUCAUCUAUGUAUACCAUGGAAGCUCAAGAUAUAGAUCAUCAAUGCUCCUGUUGUACAGAACAAGAGGUGGUAGAAAGGCAGGUUGAACUCUUGUGUGCAAACGGUAAACGAAGGAGCCACACCUAUAAAGACGUGGUGAAAUGUGGCUGUGCUGGGGCAAUUUGUACACCCUUCUCUGAAUCUUCAGAGCUAGCACAAAACCAAUAUCAAACUCCAUCGUAAAUGAAGGAAAAAAGAGCAAGGCAAAUAACACCUGUUUGAAUGAAGAAAGAAGGGAUAUCUUAUGUAUAUGUUCUUAAAAUCUUCCCAAAUGUCUAUUUUUAUUGCAACCACCAUAGUCUAGUCAAAAGACGCACACAUGGGCCAUCUCACAGCUAUAUCUGGCUCUACCGUAAAAACCAUAAAGAACCAUUUCCAAAGAGCAAAUACACUAUUAUCAAGACUAUUGUGAUCCACUGCCUUGCUGUCAUUACUAUGUUUGUUUUAAAUUCUGUUAAAUCUUCCACAACAUUGUUGGAGAUGCUAUUAUUCAGAAAUGCUUUUUGCUCUUGUUUCUUUAACCUUGUCCAUUCUUUUUAUAGUCCAUGUCAAUAAAUGACAAAUGUCG